AUGAAUGCUUGUAGUUUUACAUUCAUUAGUCUUCGCAAUAAGUUGCCAUGUCGAGUAAUGGGCAUUGAAAGAACAUGGGACUAUUUGAAAAAUGAAUUUGAUCGAGACGGAAAUGGUUUAUCAGAUCCGACAGCAAGAUAUUUUGAAACAAUUGGACCUGGACCUCAAUUAUUUGCUGUUGUUUAUCCUUCGGUUUACUAUCACGAUCAACAACAAUGGUUUAAAUAUAAAAGUUCAUAUGAUAUUAUUUUUGACAUAAUAGAUAUUCCAAACUGA